CGAACCUUUUGCACUUUCAGCGAGUCAAUAGAUAUACGCCUGCCACUGGCUGUCUUAGAGGUAGACACUAGUUAUUGGUCGAGCUUCGAGUGCUCCAGCUCCCAGUCGGGCACACAUGCAGCCGCUGGAGCCACCGCGGGAGUUGUGGCCUGAUCGGACCAAGCCCCUUAAGCUCUUCUCUCGAGGAUGGGUUCAGUCCAUCACUCCCUGGAUCUUGCGCUCUUCCACCUCUGAGUCGUGUCAGAGUUGAGUCAAUGUCAACCGGUUCUCCAACACGUUAAAAUGGAAGCCCCAAUUGAAGCCCGAUACGGCGGUCCGAGCCGUGACACCGGAUUCGAGAUAUCGCCCUUUAGCAGCCCUGUCAUCAGCAUCCAGCUCGCAAACGGGUUUCCACUCACCAUUCACCGCGCGGUCCUCCUCCAAUGCUCGAAGCUUGGCCGCUUUCUCGACCCGUCUACAGAGAGCAUCGACCUUCGUCAGUUUUCCAGCACCGCGGGCCACGCACUGGUCCAAUACCUCUACACCAAGCAACAUGGCCUCUUGAAAUGGAUAGGUUCCGUCGACCCUUCCUUCAACAUCGAGCUGUGGGAGCUCAAGGCCAAGUUCGAGAUCUACACCUUGGCUCGGACUGUCGGGCUGGAUGGCCUUGACGAGCAGGUCCGGGGUGAGAUCGAGUUGGUGGCACGCGGCCUAGAAGUGUCCACAGUCAUCGAUGCUGUCCAAGCGGCUUAUCCUGCGCCCAUCGGCAACGACACUUGGUUUCCGAGCUGGAUCAAGUCGCUGGUUAAGCAGGCCUUCAAGGAACCUCGCAAGCUGUCGAAGGCUACGGCCCCUUCUGAAUCCAGCAACGGUACUUCUGUGGUCAAACUUUUGUUUGAGUGCAUGCUUGACACAUAUGCGGACAUGCUAGAAUCCCUCACUGGGCGGGAUGGCGCAGCCCAAUAUGUCACAGCUGCCGAACCGGACACGCCCGCCACAGGAAGCGAUUGGAGCGAUAUUAUGCCGAGCCGGGCUGAUAAGGACGGUGACAUGGACCCUCACCGCGGAGACUCGCUGCCAGUGUCUGAUCCCGAGAGCCUUCAAAGAUGGGCUGGACGGAGACCGCAGAGCCCCGAACCUCGACUUGAACCGCCACAGCUAGAACCAGAACGAGAACCGGAACCGGAACCAAAACUAGAGCCAGAGCCAGAACCAGAGCCAGAGCCAGAACCAGAGCCAGAGCCAGAACCAGAGCCAGAGCCAGAGCCAGAGGCCGAACCUGAGCCCGAGCCCGAGCCUGCCCCAGAGCCUGAAGUGGAGCCAGCGCCCGAACCGGAGCCAGUGGCUUGGCCAGCUCUAGAUGGUUGGCCAGCUGCAAAGCUUUGGCGAGCUCCAGAGCCAGAGGUUGACCCAGCGCCAGAGCCGGAGGUUGAGCUACCCCAAGAACUGAAGGAUGUCGAGGUUUCGCAAUACCUAGAGGCGUUGCCCGAGCCUCCAGCCCCUGGAUGGGAUCCGGUUGAGAAAGUAGCCGAGCCGGAGCCGGAGCCUGCCCAAGAACCGAAAAUCCCUGAACCACCUCCCGAGGUCAAGGAAGUGCCACCACGCUUGAGAGUAGGGACAUCGAUGUUGCCCAUUGUAGAGACGCGACCCUCUUACAAGAAGAAAAAGGGCAAAAAGGUAAAGGUGAGUAUGAACAUGACGACUCUUUGAAUGGCGGACCAGAGCACAGCAACUAACAAGUCUUGACAAACAAGAGAUCCCCCGUGUCGCGCACGACUGAAACCGUCGCCCAACCCACACCUGAGACCGCGGCAGAACGGUAUGCCAGGUUGAAACAAAACCA